AUGUCAAAGCUGCUGAGUCGUGGUUUACAUGCUUCUAAUGUAUUAAGAACUUACAGCAAUGUUAAACUAACCUUAUUUUCCAAAAAGGACUGUGGCCUUUGUGAUAGUGCCAAAAACGUACUUAACUCCUUGACUCAAUCUCCAGAUUAUAAGUCUGUAGAAUGUAGUAUUGUUGAUGUAAAACUUCCUGAAAACAAAAGAUGGUGGGAUAUGUACUGUUUCGAUGUUCCUGUCUUGCACAUCGAAGAUAAGAGGGAUCAUACUAAGCUACACAAGGUAUUCCAUCGGCUAAAUGAAAAUCAAGUAAAAGACUUAAUUAAUGAAAUCAAAAAGGAAAUAUAG